ACUAAUAGCAGCUGAUGCAGCAGCCGGAGCCAGAGCUGCUCUGCCACAGAGAGGAGAGGGAGUAACCGGAGGGACACAAGCAUUAACCACGGCCCAGAGACCCGGAGAGGAAGAGAGGGAGCUGGCAUCUCAGUGACUAAAGCACAAGGAACGCCAGGAGCACCAAAGAACAGCCACCAAUUGGACAUAAAGCGGAAGAGGGAAGGAGGAGGGAUACAGCUUGGGAGAACUAAAAAACAGCCAGCUCCCAGCCUCAGCAGAACGGCUCUACCUCAGCUACUAUGACAGGCAAAAACUGAAGCAUAUUUAUCAGACUUCUUCUUCUCAGGUAAGUCUCCUCAUUUUUUAUUUUUUAAUAAACUCUCUCUAGAAUGUUGCAUAAUGAUCAGGAUGCACAUUACAAGACUGGCUGUAGGCUACAAUUUUCACCCGAAUGAAAUGUGAGGAAUGUUUUGACCCAUCUGCCUGCUGGAAAAGGGGUGUAAGUCAUACAAGAUUAUUAUGUUCUUUUAAAAAACAAAACCAGAGGGGAAACUUAGUGGAUGGAAACAUUUUGGAAUGCAAAAGGGAGGAAUACUAGUGAGGGAGAACUUAAUAGCUCCGCAUCUUUCAAAAUGUGCAGGUGAUACAUUUCGGGGUUAGAUUCUCGUGGACCUUGCCUGUUUCUGAAAAAAGAGAGAUAGCGCCCUGGCAAAUGGAUCUGAAUAUUUUCAAAGCCAAAGAGUAAGGCAGUGCAGGUUGGUAAGUUUUAAACAAAUAGUCCCUGACAUGUUUUGAACAGAGAUGGGUUGGUUCUCCUGUUUUGAACAGCUGGAUCAAUAAUUAGCCCUGAAAGAAAUCAAAACAAAGACUGUUUAAGAAAAUCAGUUAUUUUAUCGAGCCUUCCUUCAUUAUCUUAAAGCAAAAUACGUUAAGGAGUGAAGAUUCACAAAGUGUUUUCUUUGUACUUUUGAAUGCCUAUGUAGUUAUUUUUAAUAGGAAUGCACAUGCUUAUGCAAAUGUGCAUUUAUGCUUGUUUCCCAUAUAUAGUUUGCAAGGUUGAUUUUUUGGAAUUAAGCUUGCUUUAUUUUAUUUUUUAAAAAAUAAAAUCAUAGACUUGUAGGGUUUGAAGGAACCCUAUGGGUCAUCUAGUCUGACCCCCUGCAAUGCAGGCUCCUCCGAAUUCAAAGAGACUUACUCCCAAAUUUGCACGGAAUUGCAGCCAGAAUUUAGUUAUGUGCAUGGAGUGUGGAUUCCUGGUGUUGUACAGGGGCUGUGUUAUAGCCCUAUAAAACAUAUGGAAAAAAAUGUUCCCACUGGAAGUAUUGCAGUUCUAGAGAGUGCUUCAUCAUUAUCCAGCUGAAUUUAGCACAUACUGGCACCUUUUCUUGUAACAUUUAGCCCCAUACAAGUUGUGAAUAAUUAUUAAAUAGAUUUGCCCGGAAAGCUGCGCUUGUUGUGGUUCAAGAAACUGCAGCUGUAAGGCAAGUAAGGGAGAAAUGGCAGAAUGGUGCAUGGUUCAUAGAUUCCAUAGAUUUGGAGCCUUGGAAGGGACCCAGAGGGUAAUCUAGUCCAACCCCCUACAAUGCAGGGAUCGUUUUACCCAAUGUGGGGCUCAAACCCAUGAUCUGGAGAUCAAGAGCUGCAUGCUCUACAAACUGAGCCACGGAUGGUGUAGAGAAAGUGGCCAGAAAUACUCCCCACCCCCUUUCAUAAUACCAGAAACCUACGGUCAUUCAAUGAAGAUAACUUCUGGAAGCUUAAUGACCGAUAAAAGGAAGUAUUUAUUUCCACAGUGCAUCGUUAACCUAUGAAAUUACUUCCCAAUGACUUGGACAGCUUUAAAAAGGGGUUAGUCAAUUUAAUAGAAGUUAAGGCGAGUCUUAAUGUCUCUAAAUGGAUACUAGUCUAAAUUCCAGCUACGGAAUCCCAGCUAUUUCCCCCAUGUCCUGCUUAGUUGGCUUCCUGUGGGAAUCUCCGUGACCAUUGGGAAACAGGAAUUAGAUGGGCUGAUCUAGUGGGAAUCCUCUUAGGUUCUUAUGCUCAUUUAAGAAAGGAAAUCUUUCCCAGAUUUUUUUUUUUUUAAAUCCAGCCCAACCGAACUGAAACACAAUUAUCUGUGGACAUUUAAUCAGCCGGAUUUCAUCACCUGACACCGCAGAUUUAGUCUGCAGAACUCCUCUAAUUCCCAUGACAGCCGUUGCUACUUCUUAAUUGAAGGUGGAGUCAAUAUUUAGUUUUCAAAUGAAGUCAGAAAAAAGAACAGGGGAAAUUGGUUCACUCAACCGCCGGCAGAUGAGUUAGAAAAACUUCCUAAAUACAAGAGCAUUCCAGCAAUGGAAUAGACUUAGGGUGGUUGUGACAUCUUCUUUCAUAGAAACUUUCACAAAAACAAUGUAAGUAAGGUGGGUCAGGCCAUGGUUCCAUUCUGCUUCCAUCAUUAAGCAGCCAGAUGUCUAGCUGUGCUCAGAAUAUGACAGUAGUGGCUUUCCUGUGUUGUGUAUAUCCAGCAUUUGGCUUUGAGAUGUAUUUAAAAAUGGGAGAACUCUCUCUUCUGGUAUGUGGAAGGAUCUUCUUGCCUGGUACUAGGCUGGAGAAGCCAUGGGAGAUCCAUCCAACUUUGUGAUUCUGUACACGUGAGGAUGAAAGAUCUUGGCGCAUGUUUGGCCUUAGCAACAUUUGAGUUCUUUCUGUGCAUCAUGUGCUCAGAUACGUCAUAUUUUGUUGUUGGCAUCUGUCUCAGGAGACAAUGGAGGAGUGUGCCUUUGCGGGUGAAGUCAAACCAUUGGAGAGUUACAGCGCCUGCUGUUGCUGUAGAGACAGAUAAGGUGUUAAAACAGCGGUUCUCAACCUGUGGGUCCCCAGAUGUUGGACUACAACUCCCAUCAUCCCUAGCUAGCAAGGCCAGAGCUCAAGGAUGAUGGGAGUUGUAGUCCAACAACAUCUGGGGACCCACAGGUUGAGAACCACUGUUAAAGGUUUCACAAAUACAUUUAUUGACAGAAGGUCUUUAGCUCAGGGGUAAAUCACCUGAUCUGCAUGGGGGACAUCCCAGGCUCAUUCCCUGGAACCCCCAGUUUAAAUUAUCAGGUAAUAGGUGAUGUGAAAGACCUCUGUUGAUGUUAGGAUACUGUCAGCAGCUCCCGGCUGGUUGCCCAGGGAAGUAUAAAGACAAGGAAAAGUUUCUUACAGUCCAUUUUUAUUUCAAACUUUACAGAGAGAGGCUAUAGACCCCAGCCUCUUGAAUAAUGGCAUUGUCCCAAAUUAAUCUCCAACCCCUGUCUCUCCCACUUCCUCAUUCGUCAUCACCAUCUCCUCUAUGGGUGCUCCUACGUGCCCUCUGUCUACAAGCUCUUUGCUCUCCUACUUUUAAGGCUUGCCAGGUUCUGGGAGAUAUUGGGUCUAGAAUGCUUUCUAGUGACAACAUGUCAGCCAGUUGCCGCUCCGGUUCUGCCUCCUCUUCUCCCAUUAUUUCCCAACUUUUCGUCUCAUCUGCCUCUGAGCUGUGACCUCCCUCAAAUCUCUGUUGUAAAUCUAUACAGUGGUACCUUGGGUUAAGUACUUAAUUCAUUCCAGAAGUCUGUUCUUAACCUGAAACUGUUCUUAACCUGAAGCACCAUUUUAGCUAAUGGGGCCUCCCGCUGCCGCCGCACUGCCGGAGCAUGAUUUCGGUUCUCAUCCUGAAGCAAAGUUCUUAACCUGAAGCACUAUUUCUGGGUUAGCAGAGUCUGUAACCUGAAGCGUAUGUAACCUCUGCUCAGUCCCUGACAGUUGAAGACUCUGGAGCCCACUGCAUAAAUGGGCAAACAAUCUGACCUGCUCUUAAACAGUUUCCUAGCUUCCUAUUGCAUCCCCCUCUCCAGCACUGGUAGGUCAUAAGGUAUGGAACCUGCUUUCCACUGGAAGUCUGUUUAUUUUAUUCUAUUCCCUAAAGCAUUUUUUUCCCUCCUAGUUCAGGCAGGUGUGUUGCAGAAAUAUCAUUUAUGACAUUUAAUUUCCAUUUCUGGAAUUCGAUUUGUUUUCUUUUAAACCAUGCCUCAGAGAACACUGUAUUUUUUUCCUGUGUGUUGCAAAAGAAAAUAAAACCAUGUAUAUUUCCAGUACAAUUCUUUAUUGCACGGCUAGUGCUUGGACAACAGUUCAAAAUGCAAACCCACCAGGUACUAUGGCCAUUGAAUUCAAGGCAGAAUUUCUGGAUGGCAUGAAAAAUAUGUGGGGCAGUUUGAUAGGCAGUGCAAGAUGCUGUGGUCUUGUUCCAGUGGUGAAAUGAGUUGCAGUCACACUUAUAGUGUCUACUUGGAUGCCCAAACAAUUUCCCUAGCUUCCAAAACACACAUUUCAGCUAAAGAUACCCAUUAUAAAAUCUAUGGCAGUCAACUGAGUCACCAAGGCAAUUUAUAAUAAUUUGGAAAAACAAUUAGAUACUUUCUAGCACCGCACUAUAGUUUCCUUUGGUGCAAGGCUGAUUGAAAUUAUCUUAUUCUGAUGGCUAGAAACAGUGAACGUUUCAUCUAAAUUGAGCCCUCCAACAUAUAAUAAUAAAUUUAACCUGGAAACGAGAAUGUCAUAAUUUAAACGAGGAUACUGUUUUUCAUUUACUUGCUGAUACGCAUUAGCCAGGAGCCGAGGAAUAUAAAGAGUUAGUGAAAUUUGGGGGGAAAGGAAGCCAGAUUCCAUCUUCUACAUUCCUUAACUGAGAUGCUGUCAGCACAUUCUGGAAACCCCGGUAAUCCAAUCGACGACGUUGCAUUAGAGCAGCAGGGAGAGAGAUUUUGUGUCAGAAUGACUAGUGAAUACUACAGUGCUAGCAUCCUCCCCUCUUUUUAAGAUGGAUGUUCCAUAAAGCAGCAGCAUGGGUGAAAGCACAUCAAUUUCCAGGUUGCAUAAGGUUCUUUCCACUAAUGCUCAGCGGCUCUGGCUGAAAAUCAAUGCUAGGCAGUAAUGAGACUCGCCGAAUCGCGCAAUUGUUUCUUUACUUUCCCCCUUUUGAAUUGAACUUAAAUCUUGUCACUGGAAAAUGAUGAUAAUUUCAGGGAUUAAACCUCAUAGCGUCAGCCCUGUUCUGAAUUCUUCAGGCGACUCCAUUGCUAUUAACAGGCACUAACCAGGACAUUAACUUUCACAAGUUAUCAUAAAAAGGACAAAAGACUCCCAAGAUUAAUUUUGAACAUUAGGGUGACUAUAUUAUAAUUGCAGUUUAUAAAAUAUUUUUUUAUAAAUUGACUUUUAUAAAUACCUGACUUUUAGAAGACAUCUGAAGGCAGCCCUGUUUAGGGAAGUUUUUAAUGUCUGAUGUUUUAUUAUGUUUUUAAUAUUCUGUUGGGAGCCGCGCAGAGUGGCUGGGGAGAUCCAGUCAGAUGGGCGGGGUAUAAAUAAUAAAUGAUGAUGGUGAUGGUGAUGGCCUAUUUGAACCCAUAAACCAAAAUACUCGUGUCUGUGUGUUUCUUAUCAAUUUGGGAACUGCGGACCAUGGGGCCUUGGCACACAAUAGAUCUUGCCGUUUGCGGAGAGGAGAUUCCUGAAGGUGGUCCUGGGGGAACACCUGCUUGAGAUCCUGCAAAAUUCCUUCUUGUCCUCUCUACUAGUUUGAUUGAUUGAUGAGUAUUUAUAAACCACUCAGUAUUUUGUUGUUGUUUAGUCGUUUAGUCGUGUCCGACUCUUCGUGACCCCAUGGACCAGAGCAUGCCAGGCACUCCUGUCUUCCACUGCCUCCCGCAGUUUGGUCAAACUCAUGCUGGUAGCUUCGAGAACACUGUCCAACCAUCUCGUCCUCUGUCAUCCCCUUCUUUUUGUGCACUCCAUCUUUCCCAACAUCAGGGUCUUUUCCAGGGAGUCUUCUCUUCUCAUGAGGUGGCCAAAGUAUUGGAGUCUCAGCUUCAGGAUCUGUCCUUCCAGUGAGCACUCAGGGCUGAUUUCCUUAAGAAUAGAUAGGUUUGAUCUUCUUGCAGUCCAUGGGACUCUCAAGAGUCUCCUCCAGCACCAUAAUUCAAAAGCAUCAAUUCUUCAGCGAUCAGCCUUCUUUAUGGUCCAGCUUUCACUUCCAUACAUCACUACUGGGAAAACCAUAGCUUUUACUAUACGGACCUUUGUCAUGGACAAAGACAAAGACAACUCAGUAUUUAGGACAAUGAUAAAGCAGCACCUAAAAGAAACCACUUAGUGGGAUGGGAUUGUCUGGAGAUUUGGAGUUGGUUGUCAGCAACAUGCAGGUGACAUGUAGAUCCAUAAUCUCCCUUUCUUCUCAGCCCACAGAGGCUGUGGAAGUUCUCAACAAUUAUCUGAAACCAUUGAUGGGCUGGAUGGGGGUGAACAAACAGAAACUUAAGUGUCCUUGAUUAUGAAGACAGCUGGUCCAGUGAUAGAAUAUCCGCUUGUUCUGGAAAAGAUUCCACUCUUCUUGAAACAUGAAGUUUACAUUUUGGGAGUGUACUGAACUGACACUGUUCUUAGAUGGUUGAGACACGUGGUGGCUGAGAUUACGAGAAUUUUUGCCCAGCUUAGGCUGGUGUGGCAAAUGGGUCCAUUUCUAGAGAGAGCAGACUUGGCUACAGUCAACACAUGCCUUGGUUACAUCUAGACUAGAUUCCUGUAGUGUGCUGUAUGUUGACACAAAUUCUGCAUAUAUAUUAAAGGUGCAAGAGCCCUGAAUGUUUUUUGCAUCCGACUGUCCUAGUUCAAUUUGGCACUGAAAGUAAAGACUGUAAUACUCUUUACCAGUCAAAGCGAGAAUUCUAAGGCUGGGUGCCACCACCACAAAGGCCCUGUCUGUCAGGCUUCAGGGAAUCGGCUUCCUUCCCGGUAGCAGUAAAUAAGAAGAGAUCAAAUGAAAGGAAUGUCUUACCAGUUAGAUUCUUUAAUAAUCACAGGGAGAGACAAAAAGAACAUGUCUACUAGAAAUGGUGGUGCUCCCAAUUAAGGCUCACUCCCCCCCACUCCAUCCCUAUUAAUCUACAUCACUCCUACAUUUUGUAAUCUGAGUUUGUACCCUCUUCACUUUCUGUUCUAACACUUUCUGAGCUCUCCGUGUCUUUGGAAAAGGGGAUGAAUGCUGUCCAGAGACUGUGAAUCUGUUAACUCUCUCUCUUCUAGUGUUUCUUCUGCUAGCUGUUCCCCAUCCAGUAUUUCCCAGCUUCCACCUUCUGAAUUAUGCCCCUCUGCAAACCAUUGUUCCAAAUCUAUACUGUCCUCCUGCUCCUGGGAAGAUUCAGGAUCGGGGUAGGGGUUGGGGGGUGGCUCCCACCAUUCCUCCUUAGUGCACCCCUCCUCAGCAUGGUCUCUGACACUGUCUGACAUAAUCACCUGUUUCUUUUCUGUUGGUGGAUGAAAUAUACUCAGAGCCGAGAGUGGAUUUCAUGCUCUUUAUUCAGCUCAUAGUGGUGAGGAGGAAUGGAAGUUCCCCCAGAAUGUCUGCUUUAUAUACAUUAUUUACACAAUGGGCCCCACACAAUUGGCUAAUUCCAGGAUUCUCCUGUAGGCCAAUCAGAUUGCGGAUUCACUUCCACCUGGAGCUGGAUUGGGUGGCUCCUGUGGACCAAUCAGACUGCUGCAUUCUGGAUCCUAUUGUUCUAGGACCAAUCAGACUGCUGUAUUCUGUAUUUUGGAUCCUAUUCAACUCUGUACAUAACAGUGGAGGUAUCCAGAGAAUUGUCUCUGAGGAGAAUCUUAAUAUAUUGGUUGAUCAUGGUGUGACAAAUUGGUAUGAUAGACCAACUUUGUGAAGGGCUGUGUAGUCUUGAAGUGUGUGAGGAGACUAAAAAAAGAAAAAUUAAUCUAAAUCAUGUAAUAUCUGCAGAUGCCCCACCCACAUUUAAUGGAUGCAUCUGAAAUUCUGAACAUGGUUCAAGAUGAGCUCCAUAGACUUCCCAAAAUGUACUUCAUAACAACUGGUACUGAAUUUGUAGUAUUUUGGUUUUGAUCUGUUGACCACGGUAUUAAAAUGAUUGACAAGUGCAGCAAGCAUUUUUCUCUGGAAGUGGCUUCCUUGCAACAGAAUUUUCAGCUUGUUUCAGGAAGAGAAAAGGGCAUCUAGUUUGCAACUAGACUAUAUUUUAUUGCAAAUGCAACAUCUAAAUUAUACCGAAAUUUACUUGAUACAUUUUAAGCAUCAAAUGCAUUUUCCCUGUAUGCCCACACAGAAUUCAUAUGGUUUUUAGAAGAUGGUUUGGCUGGAUGUUGUCAGCUACUGGUAUGAAUACUUCAUCCUCUGUGAUUAAACUUAGCUCAGCUGGAAAUAUGGAACACCAGAACUGAUUGUUCUCUUGCUACUUAGGCCUUCAAAAUAGCAGUAUUAAUGACUGCUCAUUGAAAACAUGCCAGCUGCUUUGCUUAAUCAGAAAUGAAGCCCUGUGAUCAAUGAAUGAUAGACUGGUUGGGCUAUUCCUCUCUGCCAUUUGUGUGUGAAGACACAAUGUAGAGUUUUUUGGCCCUUGAGAAUGCUGCUGUCAGUACUUACUGGCACAAUUGUGAUAUAUUUCACAGCAUCUAAUAAGUGGCCCUAAACAGAUAAUCAGAUUCUUUGCAUCAGGAUAUCCUUAUAUCUCAGCGCCCCCGCCAAACAGAUGCCUGUCCAGAUCCUCUUCAGAAGCCCCCAAUGGCCAAAGGAGAUGUGAAAUUAAUGGUGUGAAUGCAUUCAACAUUGAUGUGCCUUUAAGGUAUGUGUGAGAUUCUUUAAAACUGACCAGUUGGACAAGGGUAUAACCUUGCCUCUCCCAGGCCUAGACCCUGCCCAGUGGUGGACUCCAGAAAGUUCUCCUGGCCAUGGUCCCCUCCUCAUUCAUGCCACCUUUGAAGGUGACCCGGAAACUGCAAUUAAUCCAGAAUGCGGCAGCUAGACUGGUGACUGGGAGUGGCCGCCGGGACCACAUAACACUGGUUCUGAGAGAUCUGCAUCGGCUCCCAGUACAUUUCCGAGCACAAUUCAAAGUGUUGGUGCUGGGCUUUAAAGCCCUAAAUGGCCUCAGUCCUGUAUACCUGAAGGAGCGUCUCCACUCCCAUCAUUCAGCCCGGACACUGAGAUCCAGCGCCGAGGGCCUUCUGGCGGUUCCCUCAUUGCGAGAAGUAAGGGUACAGGGAACCAGGCAGAGGGCCUUCUCAGUAGUGGCGCCUGCCCUGUGGAACGCCCUCCCAGCAGAUGUCAAGGCAAUAAACAACUACCAUAUUUUACUUUUAAAAGACAACUGAAGGCAGCCCUCUUUAGGGAAGUUUUUAAUGUCUGAUGCUGUAUUGUUUUUAAUAUUCAGUUGGAAGCCGCCCAGAGUGGCUGGGGAAACCCAGGCAGAUGGGCGGGGUAUAAAUAAUAAAUUAUUAUUAUUAUUAUUAUUAUUAUUAUUAUUAUUAUUAUUGAGCCUGAAAGCACAGAAGUAUCCCCAAACCCAGAGGGGUGUUUCAUGUCCAGACACCCAACUCAGGAGCUGGCAGAUCUUAGAGCCCCCUGCCAAUUAUCACAUGAGGUUCCUGGAUAUGAUGAAUGUUUUAGGGUGACCCGUAACCUUGGUCAUCCCUUACCAUCCAUUAAUCUGCAUAUGCCGACAAGUUCUGGCAUUUGUAAUCAACAAAGUUGUGGCCCAAUUUCAUCCCAAUAUUGCUACUCUGUGACUUAUUCUAGGGUUGUCUGUGCUUCAUUGCACCUGGGUGCGCAUAACAGAAACCACAGAACUAUAUUUAUGUGCUUAACAUCACAUCUAGCUUGACCCUGUGGCAGCAGAUCCCACAAGGUCUCUAAGUGCUUAGUUGCACUGUCAAACCAUCCCCUUAUACUUCAAUGUUCCUUGUAAUCUUAAAUCUCUAUCCCUCCUGUUUAAAUGUCCUUGACCUAUUCUUCGAGGACACUACGAACAGUUCAGAAGCAGAACAGACAGUCAGAACAGGCAACCACUGAGUGCCAGAACAUGCAGUAAGCUAAAAUAAUCUGAUUUAAGCCCCACUGCAAGGGAGAAGAAAAUAAAUGCAGGAAUUGGUUCUGAACUGGUAUGGGAGGACUAUUAAAAAAUUUAGCAGCCCUAGCAAGGUGGCACUACUGUAUAAUUUUACUUCAAAAUGCUUUCUCUUAUGAAACCUUGACUUUUUAUGAAAACAUGUUUAUGUCCUGAUCUCAUAACCAGCUACAAGUGAUCAUCAUAGCAUCUGAAGAUUGUGGUUGAGGUUGAAUUCUGACGAGACAGAAGGAUGGUUUUUGGGGGACAGGGGGCGGACAGGUGUGGAUGACCCCUUGGUCCUGAAUGGGAUAACUGUGCCCCUGAAGGACCAGGUGCGCAGCCUGGAAGUCAUUUUGGACUCACAGCUGUCCAUGGAAGUGCAGGUCAAUUCUGUGUCCAGGGCAGCUGUCUACCAGCUCUAUCUGGUACACAGGCUGAGACCCUACCUGCCCAUAUAACACCUGUCCUGAAAUACCUACAUUGGCUCCCAGUAUAUUUCUGAGCACAAGCCAAAGUGUUGGUGCUGACCUUUAAAUCCCUAAACGGCCUUGGCCCAGUAUACCUGGAGGAGCAUCUCCACCCCAUUGUUCUGUCCGGACACUGAGGUCCAGCUCCAAGGGCCUUCUGGCGGUUCCCUCCCUGCGAAAAGUGAGGUUACAGGGAACCAGGCAGAGGGCCUUCUCUGCAGUGGCGCCUGCCCUGUGGAAUGCCUUCGCAUCAGAUGUCAAGGAAAUAAACAACUAUCUGACUUUUAGAAGACAUCUGAAGGCAACCCUGUAUCAGGAAUUUUUAAUGUCUGUUGUUUAUAAUUUGUUAUGUGCUGUAAGCCACCCAGAGUGGGUGGGGUAUAAAUACAUUAUUAUUAUUAUUAUUAUUAUUAUUAUCAUCAUCAUUAUCAUCAUCAUCAUCAUCAUCAUCACCAUCAUCAUCAUACAGUGGUCCAAAGCCAUGUUUUUAAUUAACAUACCACUUUGGGCACAAUUGCAUGCAUCUGUCUUGCACUCUGGUGUCUCAGGGUUUCUGAAUGAGGCCUCAUGGGUUUGGUUCUUUAUUCUAAAAUGAUACAUGAAACACUAACAUCUCCUAAUGUGCAGCAUUUCUGCAGGGACUCUUAAGUGCAUUUCCAGACAAUUAUAAUUUUGAACAGAAGCUUAAUGGUGCCCACCCCUAAAUGCAGGAAGCUACUGUUUAGACACACCUUUAGGAAAGCAAACUAUUAACGAUGACCUUCUUCUUUAUGGCACUUGAGGGUAGUCUGUAAUGAGUUUCCAUCAACUUAUUGAGAUUACUUAGCAAGGCUCCUAAAAUUCAAAAGCAAAGACUGGCCUGAUUAUCGUGCCACUACAAUAAUGGCACCACUGAUUCACUAAGAAGAGGGAAUGUGUGUUCUCUUAAGCAACAGUGUGCAAAAUCCAUUAGGAGCUGUCCAUAGAAAUAUCAAAUAAACUUACUAUUUAGCACCACUUCAAUGAUUGCGGAAGCAGAAGAAUCCUGUUGUUUUAAGAACCCUUAUCUGAGUAUGUGAUGCAACAGAUGUUUCUAUUUUCCGUGCUACAAGGCAUGAGAUCAUCACUUCUGCCGUAUUAUAAUCACUCGUAUUCUCUAGUGUCAAUUGUCCAUCAGUUCAGGGUACUUAGAAAACUUGGAGAAGAUUGGUAAACGCUGAUGUUCAUUAAAUUGCUUACGAAAUCAUAUCUACCAGCAGACAACUAGCAAAAAAAAGCCUCUCUGAAGAAACUAGUUCUAGGAUCUUAUCGAGGACAGAAAGGGAGUACCAAUUUUUGUUUGCUCAGGGAAAACCCCCUCAAAUGGAGACUUUUCAUUACAUCAGUCAUCUUGUGCUUUACAGCUAAAUUCGGUGUGACUUGGCUUGGUCUGCAGUCCUGUACUUAAAAUGCUUCACAAAAUUCUUUGUGAAUUAUUAAUCGUCCCGAUUGAAAUUCUGCAUGAACACUCAGAGCCCAUCCUCCAGAUGAAAAGGCCCGCAAGGCAGAAUAUCCCACACUUACAGAAUAUAUACACUUACUUAGAAAAAAACUAUGCUUUGCUUAUUAUUUUCCAACCCUCACCCUCUAUAUUUUAUCCUUGGUGUGGGCAACUAUUUGAAGUCCACCCAAAGGUGACUGUACCCUCGAUACGUGUCCUUUAUUCUUGGCUUCUGAAAACCUAGGACAGUGUGCAAAUUCUCUUGAGUGGGGAUGGGGAACUUCAGAUCUGGAGACUGAAGGCAGCCUGGCCCCAGUCCACAUGUCCCCAGGCCACAGCCCUUGAUGGCUGUACUUCCUGUCAUCCCAGUGUUUUUGCCUGGCUGGAAUGUGUCCUUGAUAAUGGAUCUUAUUUUCCCAGAUAGACAAAUGUGUGCCUGGGGGGGGGGGCACGUAGAAACCUCUGUGUUAAGUCGUGGGUGAACCUAUCAGGCGACACAGCGAUUCUUCAAACAGCUCUUGUUUAUUCACAGGCCAGAACAGAACUGAACUGAAGGGUUCAGCCAGCCUGCUUAUAUAGAGCUCCACUAGAACGCAACAGUAACUAUUUUCUGUAACUAUCCAAUCACUGAACGUCACUUUCAAUCCCUUAUUUGCAUAUGUGGACCUGAGUGAAAACUAUCUACAGUAUCCCCCUGCUGGCCCAGGGUGAGAACUUCAGUACAUAACACUCUGCCUUUUGUAUGGCUAGAAUGUAGCCUACUGUACAGUAGGGGAGCAGGUGGCGCUUUGUUCUAAACUACUGAGCCUCUUGGGCUUGCUGAUAAGAAGGUCGGCAGUUCAAAUCCCCGCAACGGGUGAGCUCCUGUUGCUCUGUCCCAGCUCCUGCCAGCCUAGCAGUUCGAAAGCACACCAGUGCAAGUAGAUAAAUAGGUACCGCUGUGGGGUAGGGAUAAUACUUAUCUACGGAUGUGGGUGGUGUUGUGGUCUAAACCACUGAGCCUCUUGGGCUUGCCGAUUAGCAGGUUGGUGGUUCAAAUCCCUGUGACGAGGGGACCUCCCGUUACUCUGUCCCAGCUCCUGGCAACCUAGCAGCUUGGAAGCAUGCCAGUGCACGUAGAUAAAUAGAUACUACUGCGGCAGGAAGGUAAAUGGCAUUUCCGUGCACUCUGGUUUCCGUCCCGGUGUCCCGGUGCCAGGAGCGGUUUAGUCCUGCUGGCCAUAUGACCUGGAAAGCUGUCUGUGGACAAAUGCUGGCUCCCUCGGCCUGAAAGCGAGAUGAGCGUCGCAACCCCAUAGUUGCCUUUGACCGGACGUAAUUAUCCAGGGGUCCUUUACCUUUUUUACUACUAUACAAAAGUAAGGGUUGCAUCCAUUGCUUGGGCAACCUUUGCCUCUGGCCCUGCACAACCCCCCGCAUCCCCCUGCAAGGGAAUGUGGGUCUUGGACUGGGAAAGCUUCUAAACCCCUGCCCUACAGAGAACAUUUGGGGCUUUUUGGGGAGUCCAAAAUAAAAGACAUAACUUUUUAGUCCUAGUUCCCUGGUCCUUGCAUUUCUUCCCGCACUAUUUUUACAGUCAAUCGGCCUUUUUCUUCUUCCUAAUAAGUGUAAUCAGAAGAUUCCAUGGCAGUGUAUAAAAGUGUGAAAAACAGGCCAGACACCAUAUAAAUAAACGAUGGGUGAUAGCCAUACUCAGAUCCAUGGAAAAGUAUUGACGUCAGUAAGGACCCUGCUCUUAGUAUGACUGAACUGGAUAUUGCCUUGUUAUCUCUACUAGCCAUAAAAGAAGGGAUAAACUGAUCCUACAGAGUAUCCCAAGUGUUUUCAUAGGUUGAUCAUGCUCCCAAAAUCUGAUGCUCUGCAGUUACCUCUUGCAUGGAAAAAAGAGUAUAAGUCAGUGAGAGGAAUGCAAUGAUUUCUUUUAAAUCAGCCUGCUCAGGGGCUGUAAUUAAACAUUUCGUUAGAGAGAUUCUUUAAUCAUUACUUAUGCUCACUUACGAUAAUUUUAUAUUAUAGUGAUUUUUUUUAAAAAAGAGAAACCUAGCUAAUAAAUUAGGACUUUCUCUAUCAGAGCCAGUUAAUGUGAAAAGAGUUCCUAAGUAGCAGAGGCUAUAUAUACACCAUGAGUCUUAAUCCACAUUACACGUCAAGACAAGAGUAUAUAUUAGAUUAAACUAAAAGUGACUCUUUUGUGAACAAAUGCAAAACCUUAGGAAUGCACACGCUUACCAGCAGCUAGGAGAUUCAUUGAGAGACAUGCAUAGCUGUCAACGUUUCUGCUUUUUUAAGGGAAAUUCCCCGAUUCCAAAUAGGAUUCCUCGCAAGAAAAGGGAAAAGUUGACAGCUAUGGACAUGGCACGUAACAAUAUAGCUCAAAGGCAUUAUCUUUCUGCUUUUUCACAAGGAAAUUGGUCUUAACUUGAAAUAAAAAAACCCCCCAAAAUAUUUCUUCAUGCAACAUCCGGUUAAUUUAUGGAGCUGGUGCUCAGACUGAAAUUCCCAGGUGCCAGAAAAGGAUAUUUAUGUAUGCAACAACUGUGGCCCGUGUUUUGUUAGCCCAAAAAUGAAAAAUGAGCAAGGUCCCAACCAAAGAAGAAGGGCAAAUUAAGUUGACAGAAUAUGCACAGCUUGCAGUCUUAACAUAGAGAAUAAGAGAACAAGAAGAACAUAACGUUUAGAGAAGAUUGGAAAACGUUUAUUUAAUAUAUGGGAAAUAAUUGUGUACAGCUGAAAAUGCUGGCAGCAUUAAGGCAAAUUCAACCAUGUGAAUAAGUUCUAAUGGAAGUAAUAAUGGAAUACUGAAUGGUAUAGUUUUUGUAAAAUAUGCAGAGAUUUGUGAUAUGUAAAAUGAACCAUGGAAAGAGAAGAAGGGAAGUCAUUGAUAUUUUAAGGAUGUAAAAAUGAGUCCUUUAAAUUGUAAAACAGAAAAUUUAAUAAAAAAAUUAUACACGUAAAUUUAUAGAGUUGCUACAGUAUGUCCUGAUGCUGAUAACUAGCUGAUAAAUUUCAUAAAGGAUUAGACAGAGUUGAAGACAGUUAAGACUAAUUAGCCAUAAGAGCAAAAAAUAAAAAUAGAAAUGGCACUAUCAUAAUGUUAACACUAGAUCCUUGGACACAGGGAAUGGCUGUUUCAGUUCUGCUGAUCGUGGGCAUAUUGUUGACCAGUGGCCACCAACAAGAAGCAGCAAAUCUUCAAUCCAGUCAUACUGAGGCAAAGAGGAGGUCAGUGCAGCAAACUUACCCCACCCAGGUUUGAACUCCUUUGUAAAAUGCUCUGCCAAUUUCAAUUCAACACAUCUUCUGUUAACCACUCUUAAGGAAGCUUCUUGGUGCAGUAGUAAUCGAUAGGGGCAAAAUUCUGAACAAGGUGGACCUUCGGUCUGAUGGCACCAAGGGAUUUUAUGUUCUUCUUACGGCUUUCACCCAAUUAAAGAAAUCUUAGUUGUUUAAUCACGUUCAACGAAACAUUAGGAAGAACAUUCUGAAGAUACAAGCUGAUUGACAGUGGAACAGAUUGUCUCAUGUGGUAGUGGAGUUUCCUGGAGGUUUUUUUUACAGCGACCACCUGCCAAGGAUGUUGUAGUUGAGUAUUUCCUGUGUUAGCAGGGGGUUGAACACGGCGCCUCUUGGGCUUGCCAAUCAGAAGGUUGGCAGUUCGAAUCCGCACGACGGGUGAGCUCCUGUUGCUCUGGCCCAGCUCUUGCCAACCUAACAGUUUGAAAGCACACCAGCGCAAGUAGAUAAAUAGAUACUACUGCGGCAGGAAGGUAAAUGGCAUUUCCGUGCACUCUGGUUUCCGUCCCGGUGUCCCGGUGCCCCAGAAGCUACUGUUAGGACCAUUGUAAGACGUCCGCCAGCUUCCAACCAUGGAAAUCAGCAGCCUUCAAGCAAGCAAACUUACCUUAUUAUUGCUCCAUAGCAUCCCACUGCCAGAGGAUUGCCUCCUUCCAUUCACCACUUUGCCUCCUCCAAGUGGAAGAAACCUGGGCAGUGCUGAAUGUCACAUUCAUUGCCAGGUGUGUCCUGCUGGAAACAGAAAAGGGCUUUCCCCUUGGCCUGCCUUUAUAUCCACUCAGUUGCCAAGUGCUUUUGUGACAUCACAAGAAACCAGAAGCAGUUUACUCAUGCUGGCCACAUGACCUGGAAAGCUGUCUGUGGACAAACGGUCGGCCUGAAAGCGAGAUGAGUGCCACCCCACACCUCACAGUCACCUUUGACUGGACUUAACCACGCAGGGGUUUACUUUGAACUAAAGGAUCUUUGAGUUUCCUUCCAACUGUGUGAUUCUGUGAGUUUGAAAAUAUCAGUUGUAUCUGCAUCUAUUUGGAUGCAAAAAAGGAGUAUACUAUGAGUGCAAUUCAACAUUGCUAUUACAAAUGUUUCAUCUCCACAAGUAUUGUAGCUUGCCAGAUAGAUGUGUCCUCUGCUUUCCAGACAAACUGUUCUGGGGAGUUAUUGUUGUUGUUGUUUAGUCGUUUAGUCGUGCCCGACUCUUCGUGACCCCAUGGACCAGAGCACGCCAGGCACUCCUGUCUUCCACUGCCUCCUGCAGUUUGGUCAAACUCAUGCUGGUAGCUUCGAGAACACUAUUCAACCAUCUUGUCCUCUGUCGUCCCCUUCUCCUUGUGCCCGCCAUCUUUCCCAACAUCAGGGUCUUUUCCAGGGAGUCUUCUCUUCUCAUGAGGUGGCCAAAGUAUUGGAGCCUCAGUUUCACGAUCUGUCCUUCCAGUGAGCACUCAGGGCUGAUUUCCUUAAGAAUGGAUAGGUUUGAUCUUCUUGCAGUCCCUGGGACUCUCAAGAGUCUCCUCCAGCACCAUAAUUCAAAAGCAUCAAUUCUGGACUUCCGGGGUGGCGCCUCCGGAAAAUGGCGGAAUUCCCUUCGGACUGAAGGGAACCCGCUGCACGGAGGCUUGGGUCCUGCCGCUACGGCGCAGCGGGGACCCGCAAAAACCACAGGCGGAAGAAGCCUGUGGACGUGGGACUCGGCGGGCACCGAGAGCGCUCUCCCCUUGUACAGGAGCCCGGUAGCGGGCUCCGGAGUGGGAGGUGCGUGGUGCUGUGAGUCGUCUGCUUCCUCCGUGCAGCAAAGCCGCACUGCCGUUAUCGGAGAGCGCUGCCUUUUCCUGGACAAUUUGGCAUCUAAAAUAUCUAUCCGUGAGUACCUGAUCUUGGAAGAGUUGAACCACUUUUAAGACUGGUGAAUAAACAAAUAAUAUUGGACUUGAAAUUGAACUUAAUUGGGACUCGGAAUGGGAAGGUCUAAACAGGAAGUCGCCUUCCGUUCUUUUGUUAUGUGAAGAAAGCAAAGACAAAAUAUACUAAAGCUUGAAAAUUAAAUUCUAAGAGAACUAGAAUUCAACAUCUAAGAUUUCUGAACCCCCUUUGACUGCAGGAGAAGAAGGGGGUUGUAUUUGGACUUUUCAAUCCUGCGGAAGUGAGUUUAAAAUAAAGCAAUUUUCCACCGCCCUGAACCAGGAGCGGGCUGUCAGAAGUGACGUUCUGAAGUUUAUCCAGCUCGACAGUUAGUUAACAGAAGGGUAACAUUUUGAUUCUACUGUUGCCUCUUGAAUUUGGAAGGGGAAUUUUGGAUAAAGUGUUUCUGGAAAAAGAAAGAUUGUUGCUGUUGCUUUUAUUCCUUUAAAAAAAAAAAAUCCAUCUAGUGGAAUUUAGUGAAAUUGCAACGCAGAGAGAUUAAAAGAGAAGGACUAUUGGACUAUUCUCGUGGGAAAGAAUUUUCUUUGACCUUGAAGGACAAUGCUAGUACAAAGGCUUGAACAAUUGUUCCUGGAAGGUUUUUCAAAACUAAGUGCCCAGCUGGACCAGAUGUGUCAGGAGACGACCUUGAUGAUGGAAGUUACCAGAGCACAGCAGCAAACAAAUGAAAUUCAGUUAAAGGCUAUACAAGCAUAUGAACCUGCUGUAGUGACGGAGGCUUCAGAGAUGGAGGGACCUUUGGACGGGCAAGAUCAGCCUUUGAACUUGAUAAAUGAACUUGGGACAAACCAGAUUCGGAAAGAUGAAAUGUGGUCAGAUUUGGAAAUGGGGGAUGGAUCGACCCCCUCCAUGUGGUUAUUUGGACCUUCCGAGUCUGGUGAUGGGCUAUCAGAGGAUUGGAGUAGCCGAAGUCUCCAAGCUUUGUGGAAAUUUGAAGUGGUACUAUUUGCUGUCUGGCUUGGGCAAUGGGUUUGGGAUGGACUUGCUGCAAAGGGUCAAAAGCAUUUUCUUGCUGGAGCAUCCACGACUGGAAAGGAAUCAUCAACAAGAGUGGCGAAAGGGGCAAGAAAGAGACUUGAGGGCCUCGGAUACGAGACAACCAGGUUAAGGAGCCGGAUCAUCGAGGUUAAAAGGACUGACAAUCCCGGGUCCAGGGGAGGGGAGGUUGGAAGCUGACUGAACUGAUUUGACUUAUUAUUUUUUCUUUUUUAUUUUUUAAUAUUGGGAAUGCCUACAAAUGUUUGAAGGAUGUUGAAUGAAAUUACAUGGCUUAAGUAAGGAUUGGUAAAUGAUUCGUAAAAAGGUAAUGAUGCAAGAAUUUGGUAAAUAUUGAAUAUAAGCUAUGAGUUUUAAAGUUUUUAUAUGACAAGAGGGAAAAUAGAAUAAGGAAACGUAAUGACAGAUUGUUAUGAAAAAACAGAAAGGAUUUGCUGUAAAAAUUAAAAAUCAAGAAACAAAAGAGGGGAGGAGGAGGAAGUCUAGAAAGGAAGUCAAUAGAGAUUGUAAAGGACUCUAUAUUUUUGUUUUUCUGUUUCUCUUUUUUUUUUCUUUCUUUUUUGCGGCUGGGUUUUUCUUUUCUUUUUUGUUUAUGUACUAUUUUUGUUUUUUGUAUCCUUAAAUUUUUUCUGGAAAUUUUUGUUGUUAUUUUUUGAAAAUUCAAUAAAUAUCAAUUAUAAAAAAACAAAAGCAUCAAUUCUUCGGCGAUCAGCCUUCUAUAUGGUUCAGCUCUCACUUCCAUACAUCACUACUGGGAAAACCAUAGCUUUAACUAUACAGACCUUUGUUGGCAAGGUGAUGUCUCUGCUUUUUAAGAGGCUGUCUAGGUUUGACAUUGCUUUUCUCCCAAGAAGCAGGCGUCUUUUAAUUUCGUGGCUGCUGUCACCAUCUGCAGUGAUCAUGGAGCCCAAGAAAGUAAAAUCUCUCACUGCCUCCAUUUCUUCCCCUUCUAUUUGCCAGGAGGUGAUGGGACCAGUGGCCAUGAUCUUUGUUUUUUUAUAUGGAGCUGCAGACCAUAUUUUGCAUCCUCCUCUUUCACCCUCAUUAAAAGGUUCUUUAAUUCCUCCUCACUUUCUGCCACCAAGGUUGUGUCAUCUGCAUAUCUGAGGUUGUUGAUAUUUCUUCUGGCAAUCUUAAUUCCGGCUAGGGAUUCAUCCAGCCCAGCCUUUCACAUGAUGAAUUCUGCAUAUAAGUUAAAUAAGCAGGGGGACAGUAUACAGCCUUGUCGUACUCCUUUCCCAAUUUUGAACCAACCAGUUGUUCCAUAUCCAGGUCUAACUGUAGCUUUUUGUUCCACAUAGAGAUAUUGACCUCCAAAGUAGGGUUGCCAUAUGUCCAGAAUUUCCCAGACAUAUCCGGAAUACUGCAGUCGGAAGCAGUGUCUGGUUGGAAAUCACCCGGGGGGGGGGGGUCUGGGAAAAUUUGGAUGUAUGGCAACCCAUGUUGACAGUAUCAUUUUUGGUAAUUUUCCUCAACAACUUUGCCAGAAAAAGCUCAACAGUCCAGACUUUCAUUGUGUGAAAAAUGGCAACCCUACUCCAGAGCCAAUCUUGGGGGAGCAUCGGGGGGAAUCACAUUGUGACCCUCUGUCUUUGUGCAGGACUUCUGCUGACGGACUCCACUAGGUGAACCCCAUCCUCUGUUUUUAGAUGAUGCAUGUAUGUCACCGCUUCCCAACAUUGGGUCUUCAGCUGUUUUUGGACUACAACUCCCAUCAUCCCUAGCUAGCAAGACCAGUGGUCAGGGAUGAUGGGAAUUGUGGUCUGAAAACAGUUGGAGACCCAGGGUUGGGAAACACUGAUGUAUGUAGUUCAGCAGUAGCAGUAUGGAGAGAAGGUACAAUGUCUCUCCCAAAAUGGCACAUGCUACCUGUGGUUUGUAUAAAUAGUUAAAUUUUUUAAAAUAAAAAUGCCUCUCCCCCCAUAUAUAUUAUAUAUAUAUAGAGAGAGAGAGAGAGUGUUAAAUUCAUUUUUAAUGAAUUCAUGUAAUUAAUUAAUUAACAAAUCUUGCAGCCUCACUUCCCUUAUUUAACAAAAAUAUCAGUGAUUAAGAUGGCUACCAGAAUCAAUUUUCUGUUCCAGCACUUGCCAAUUAAAAUAAAUGGUCAACAAUUAAAUAAAUGACAGCAUGUUGCUCUUAAGUUUAUUCGGAAUAAUAAAAAGCCAGGGAUCAAAGCAAAACUCUUACAUGAGAGUAAACCGGGGGUGAAGGAGGGAUUUCAAAUUCCAAAUGGAAUGGCUUCCUCAGAGAGGUUCACCUGGUGCCUUUAUUAUAUAUUUUCAGGGGUCAGGUGAAAACUUUCCUCUUCAACCAGGCCUUUGGCUGAUUAAUAUUCCACAGCCUUUUGAAUGUGUCUGUGGGAAGGGGAGUUAUUGUUUUGUUUUGUUUCGUUUUUGUUCUAUUUAUUUGUGUUUUUACCUUACAUUUUCACCAUGUCGGCGGCCCUGAGAUCUUUGGAUGAAGGGUGGCAUAUAAAUUUAAUUACAUUACAUUUAAUUAAUUUAUUAAUGGCAAUAAUAAGUUUCCUGUUGACUUGGAAGACAUCAUUGCAUAAUUGCACCCCCGCCCCUUUUAAAGCAAGGGCAGAUUGACCAGCAAAAAUGCUCAACGCAGAGAACCAUAGCUGUCAACGUUUCCCUUUUUUAAAGGGAAAUCCCCUUAUUCCGAAUAGGAUUCCUCGCAAGAAAAGGGAAAAGUUGACAGCUAUGCAGAGAACCUUUGAUGACCGACCUGGACAACAGACCUGGUCCGCAUGUUCAUUUCCAUUUUUAAAAAAUUACUUCACCGCAACAGCAUCAUCCCCUUGGCUCUGUGCUAUUCGUACCCAGCUUUGUCCCAUCUGCCUUGUCCUUUUAGCUGUAAUCACGAUUGCGACAUUAUUCAUCGUCAUGGCUCUUCUUUACUGCUCUGCCUAAGCCGUAGCCCUAGUUAGCAGCUGUCUCAUAGAUUUAGUCAGUGUUAUCCUCUGGGGGGGAAAUUCCUUCUAACUGCCUCCGCUCUUGUUUCUUCCUGUAGGCUGGAUUGUGACACGAACUAGACGCCUACUUUCUCUUUGCCUUCUAGAGCCUUUUCGUAUCCUUUCUCUUAGCAUUUUCUCAGCCCACUUGUCUUUAACAUUAUACUCUGGGGAGUUCACACUUCGAUUGGAUAUGAGAAGCUGCAAUGCCAUCCCUGUUUCUCCAUAUUGUGCUGAGAUAUAGUCCCAUUCUAAUGGCUUAACGAGGCAGAAUCUUGGCAUUUACGAUACAUUUUGAAUCAGGCCCAGAAUGCUUCCAGCUUUUCUGCAUUAGGCUAGAGACAGAGGGAAAUAUCUUAAUUUGGAAAUUGGGGUGAAAGAGUUUUUCUCCUUUUGUUACUUAGUUCCUCCAUGGCUUCCCUCUGAUUUUACUUUCUAAAAUUAAUUACAGCAGUACCUCGGGUUAAGUACUUAAUUCGUUCCGGAAGUCUGUUCUUAACCUGAGGUACCACUUUAGCUAAUGGGGCCUCCUGCUGCCACCGCGCAGCCGCCGCACGAUUUCUGUUCUCAUCCUGAAGCAAAGUUCUUAACCUGAGGUACUAUUUCUGGGUUAGCGGAGUCUGCAACCUGAAGUGUAUGUAACCUGAGGUACCACUGUACAGGGUUGGAGCAUUUGCAACUUGCAAGCACUUCCUGUUCCUUUAUUUUAUUCGCAUGUUCUCUGCCCCACUCUUUCCGUACUCAUCUGCAAGUGUGUGUGGAUAAAAUGCUGCACCCACAAAAGGCGUGCCCAUAUAUAAUAAUAAUAAUAAUAAUAAUAAUAAUAAUAAUAAUAAAUUUUUAUUUAUACCCCACCCUCCCCAGCCAAAGCCGGGCUCAGAGUGGCUAACACCAGUAAAAUUACAAUAAAAACAUAAUGGGGGGGAAAAGAAAAGAAAGAAAAAAACCCCAAUUUAAAAUACGGGUUAAAAUACAAUUUAAAAUGUAGCCUCAUUUUAAUAGUAGCCCAUAGAUCAAAACCAUAAGGGGAGGGAAACAUAAGGGUCAGACUGAGUCCAAACCAAAAGCCAGGCAGAACAGCUCUGUCUUGCAGGCCCUGCGGAAAGAUGUCAAGUCCCGCAGGGCCCUAGUCUCUUGUGACAGAGCGUUUCACCAAGUCGGGGCCAGUACUGAAAAGGCCCUAGUUGAGACCAAUCUAACCACCUUACGACUUGGGACCACCAAAGUGUUGUCAUUUGUGGACCUUAAGGUCCUCCGUGGGGCAUACCAGGAGAGGCGGUCCCAUAGGUACGUGAGUCCUAGGCCGUAUCUCAUUUUGCGUGGUGAUGAUUUACUGAGGCAUACUUGUGUUCUUGUGCAUUGGCUUAACACUACAAAAUAAUAUUGAUACAACUGUAAAGACAAUCCUAUCAAAUGUGCUUUUUGGUUGUGGAUGCACAGAGGCUUUUAUUUGCAGUGCUUUUUUGGAGGGGUGGGGGGGCAGAAGAAUAGCAGGAGAAGGCACCCAAUCCACUUCAGCACUCUAAAACCUAUAUUUACAGGCCUAGUAAUGGACACAAAUGACUUCCAUCAGCAGAAACCCUGUGCAAAUACAACAGGGCUCUCUGCUCCCCUUGUCUCCCUGCUCCCUUCUCCAAAACUGGCUCGGGUGUGUGUGUCAGGAGAACCCGUCCCCCCAGAAUAGCACACAGGGGUACGAUAGGGGCAAUCAUUUCAGUGGGAAUCAUGGCAUUGAAUUCUCCCUUACACAUAGAAAAGUGGUCUAGUAUUGACUGUCAUCUUAGCAGGAGCUGGCUGGCUUCUCCUGGAGAACCUUCUACAGUGGUGCUUCGGGUUACAGACGCUUCAGGUUACAGACGCUUCAGGUUACAGACUCCGCUAACCCAGAAAUAGUACCUCGAGUUAAGAACUUUGCUUCAGGAUGAGAACAGAAAUCGUGGUCCGGCGGCGCGGCGGCAGCGGGAGGCCCCAUUAGCUAAAGUGGUGCUCCAGGUUAAGAACAGUUUCAGGUUAAGUAUGGACCUCCGGAAUGAAUUAAGCACUUAACCCGAGGUACCACUGUAUAUGUAAUUAGAAGGCUCACCCUUAUUUAUGAGCCACCCCUGCAUUUCAGCAUUUCAGCAAACACAAAGAUGUGUGAUGGUGUAAACAGAUAGAAGUUGGUGGCAUGGCAUUGCUCAACACUGAGUUCUGCUGCCUGCUACCAACACAGGGAGGCAAUGGGGAGCUUAGUGCCAUGUCUCUACCUACCCCACACCUGCUGUCACAAAUGAUGCCAGACAUGAGGCAGGUGGGUGUGGUUUGGGGGAAACUGCUUGGCAGGCCAAAUUUGGGGCAGAGUUUCUCCAUUUCCAUUUGAAAAGGUCGAGCGAGUGUUAUCCUCAUCACUUCAAUGUUUGGAAUGUGUCUGCUCCUCUCUGUGGGAAUUUACCAAUAGUGAAAACUUCCUCUUUGCAUGAGUCUCAAAAUCAUAGAAAGAUAGUAAGUUAUAUAAAUUUACGGAUCUGCUUUGUACUGAAAGAUGGGCAUCUAAAAUUGAGAAGAAAGAGCUUCAUCAUUCACACUGUGCAGUAACAUGGCUCAUGUUUCCCAUUUCUAGUGUCCUGGAUUUAUUUUGAACUAUCCGCCCCACAAAUUGUUAAUAGAUGAUUCCUAUUUCUUCCCACAUGCAGGUUUCUUUUCCUCGUUGAGCAGCGCAAAGCUUGAAAAACCAUGCCUGAACAAAGCAAUGAUUACAGGGUGGUGGUGUUUGGAGCAGGAGGAGUUGGCAAGAGUUCCUUGGUCCUGAGAUUUGUUAAAGGCACCUUCAGAGACAGUUACAUCCCUACAAUUGAAGACACCUACAGGCAGGUGAUCAGCUGCGAUAAGAGCAUAUGCACUUUGCAGAUCACUGACACAACAGGGAGCCAUCAGUUUCCUGCCAUGCAGCGUUUGUCUAUUUCCAAAGGACACGCUUUCAUUUUGGUCUACUCCGUCACCAGCCGGCAGUCCUUGGAAGAACUCAAGCCUAUCUAUGAACAGAUCUGCCAAAUCAAAGGGGAUAUAGACAGCAUCCCAAUCAUGCUGGUGGGGAACAAGAACGACGAGGACCACAACCGAGAGGUACAGACCAACGAUGGAGAAGCCCUGGCCAAAAAGUGGAAGUGUGCCUUCAUGGAGACCUCUGCCAAGAUGAACCACAAUGUGAAGGAGUUGUUCCAGGAGCUGCUGAACCUGGAGAAACGCAGGACUGUGAGCUUACAGAUUGACGGCAAAAAAAGCAAGCAACAAAAAAGGAAAGAGAAGCUGAAAGGCAAAUGUGUCAUUAUGUGAAAAUAGCACUAUCUCGGAGCUGCCAUCUAGACUCCUUCUUCUGACUGUACCAUGUUUCAGACCUGUACACAAUGGAAAAAAACAAACAUGUGAGACUGUUUUAUUAAUAGCUGUUUUGAAAAUAUACCAGAAGUAAACAGUUGUGUGGAGUGAAAGCGCUACCAACCUCUCAACCCUUUUAUAAAUUAGACAUUUAACAGCAGCGGCAGCAAAGCAGUUACCAGAAGAAGAGCGAUGUCUCUUUUCAAGAGAAUAGAAAAUGAAAUAUCCACAACUAAGUACUCCCGCCGGUAUCGUUGCCACUAUGUAAAGAUGAGGAGCUGUUAGUUUAAAAUUUUAUGCUAAUGCUAUAUGUAGAAUUAAUGAAAGAUGUAUUUAUCUACAAAAAUAUAUAUUUGGAAGUAGAACUAAAUUUAGGGUUAAGUUAACAUAGCUUUCCUGGAUUGCAAGUUUAUUCUCUUACACUGAAUUGUGCUCUAUUCUUCACAUCCUUUAUGAUACUGAUGAACACUGAACUAAGAUGUCCCCCCCCCCACCUUUGUAAUUUUCCUAGUGCCCCUGAUUAAAUAUCAAGGCCUCAGUGACACCAGGCAGCACCAAAUAUUAUUCUCUCCCAUGGGAUUAAUAAUCUGACUACCUCCCCUUUGCGAAUAGAUCUAACAUUGCCGAUUAGCUGUUCUGAGUAGUAUGACAAUUAUCUGGUAUGAGGAUGCAAGGGGAGAGGAAAUGUUUUUGACCCAGGGGUGAAAUCUAUAACACUCAAUUUGCCAGAUAUUUCUUUUAUUUUUAUCUUAUAAUACUGAAGUAGACUCAUUACAUCUGACUCUCCAAAGGAUUCAUAGCUGAUAUGGGUAUCAGUUGAAUUAGUCGCAUGCACCUGUAAACACCCCCCCAUUUUUUUAUUCUCAGCAAACAUCAGAUAGGCUAAGAGAAAUCAGGUAUUUUCUGUGAGGACAGAAAAAUUUGAUCCCAGUACUCAUCCCUGCUCCUUUAAGCUGGAGGGCUGGGGACAGUCCCUGAAGAGUGGGGAUAUAUGAUAAGACACAGGUUUCCAAAUCCAGCCUUCCCACAUGUCAGUUGUGGCAUCAGGGAGUAGAACAGAAUUACCUGCAUCUCAUAUGCUGACAGGUGCGGGUUCAGGAUGGGCAACGGAUGGACUUAGUAUGGUUUGCGAAUCUUGAAUGACAGGGCAAAACCUCUGUGCCAAAUGACAUUUUCAUUACAGUACAGUGGUACCUCGGGUUACAAAUACUUCGGGUUACAGACUCCGCUAACCUGGAAGUAGUACCUCAGGUUAAGAACUUUACCUCAGAAUGAGAACAGAAAUCGCGUGCUGGUGGCAGCAGGAGGCCCUAUUAGCUAAAGUGGUACCUCAGAUUAAGAAUGGUUUCAGGUUAAGAACUGACCUCCGGAACGAAUUAAAUUCGUAACCAGAGGUACCACUGUACAUGCGUCAAAGCAAGAUGUUGCUGCUGUUUUUUAAUUAAAAGCUGCAUCGUGAAGAGAAUGAGCUACUUUGAAGCAGAACAUAUUAACAUUUUGGCAAGUGUGUGUAUCAAAAGCUGGAAAAUGCAAUUAAGUAUCUUUAAAAAUAGCACGCACGUUACAUUUCAAAUGUCACCCAAAAGCUACUUAAAGGCAUCCUUCGCAUUGGAAUACGCAUUGCUCACAAAUACUUUAAUGCUGUGAACCCUUUAAUCCUUGCACCCCCUUGCCUGAAUACAAAGAGAAUUGCAGACAAGCAGAUGCCUGCAAUAUGAGACCACAGUUUAUGCCCGUUUACCUUUCAUGGUCCAAGGAGAAAUAAGUAGGUGAGACUUAACAAGGCCUGAUGCACCAAGGGUGAAUACAGGAUCCCUUUAUGGACAUUUGACCCUUAUGGGACAAAUGUGCAUUUAGAGGGUGUGGCAUUACAUCAGCAGGCCCCACCCCUGACUGCCACACAUCCAUUUGAACUAGAGCUGUGCCCCAAAAUUUAGAAAUUUCUUUUUGAUCAUUUGUUGGGUGGCAAUGGAAUCAAUUUCAAACCAAAAAAGACCCCAACCCUGUGCCACUCACAGAAGUGCAGUUUCUCUCUGUAGUUUCCCAGAAUGCCUUGGGAACAAGGCCAUGUCACAACCUGUCGCUCCCAGGGCAUUCUGGGAAAUGUGGCCUGAGGGAAACUGCCUAAGGCUUUCUCCAAAAUAUCUUGCCGGCAAGGUAAGGGACAGUUAUCUCUCAAAAGGUUUGGAGGAAAUCCUCUUUUUUCCCACUUUCCCCCUGGACAGUGGCAAAAAAUCAGCCCCUGCUUUAACGGCAGGAAUAUUUUCAGGAAUCUGGGAGAAAUGUCAGCUCAGUCUUAAUCUGAACAUCUGUCAAGAGUAUACACAUGUAGGUGCACAACCUCUUUGCUGAUAUUCACAUAAACACAAAGUAUGUUGUGUAUUUGCUCUAGAUUAAAUGUCUAUGGAGAUUAAUUUUAGGUUCUGAAGAGAUGCAAAUGGUUUUGACACCCAUCCAGUGGGAUCUGAAGCUUUUGUUUUCAGUUUUCAGUCUAUUGAAAUGGCUUCCUUCACAUGUAGAAUAGAUGGGUUGAAUCCAACAAGUUUCCUUCUCCAGAGGAAGCAAACUACUAGAUCCAUUUGGGUGACUUCACCCAAAGAAUGUACCCAAAAGCAAGUUUCUUUCCCCUUUCCUCUCCCCCCCUCUUGAUUUCACAGAAUUGGGAUUACUCCUAGAAGCAGGCAUUUUAAAACCAUUUCUGAUUGCAUGCAAGACGUUUGUCUCAUUUUCUGCUGAGUGAGUCCUCUUUCUAGCUGUCAGAAAAUCCAACAGCAUUGAGCCAGGCAAUAAUUCAAUACGUAACCACAUAAUUGGUCUGUUCAGCCUUCAAGCCAGCGCUUUGGCAAAGGUUUUCAUCUUUUCCAUUUGGGAUUCGAUUAAGAAAAGUGACAAACCAAAAGAAAGACGUAUUAUGUGAGACAUCAUGUAGCUGGAUGUUAAAAAAUAACAGGCUAUAUGCAGCCUUUGAAGUGAAUGGGCAUCUUGAAUAGGACUCUCAGGACUAACUUAUGAAAAGCAUCAAAACUCCAGGGGGAUUGACUUGUGGCUGGCUGUGGCCAUCCACUCGGAGCUGAUAUGUUUCUUAACUGAGGUCCAUGGAAGCCGAAUAGUCCAGCUCCAACCCAUUUGAGGCCUUUCCUUGCUGGCAUUUACUUUCUCCAUCCCAAGCAAUAGAAAAUCCUGAAAAUCUCCACAGAGAGGCAGCUAGCUAGUUGGAUAAAGUAUUCCAUCUUUGGAAACUGCAUGGGCUCCAAAGUCUCCCACGGUAAAUCAAUGCCCCUCUUUGGAAUUUAGAGGCUGCCUUUAGCGUGAAUUGCUCUCCUGGUCCUCUUCUAGGUUUCAGCUCCUUUCCCAGGGUUUCUGUUUUAUUUCUUUGCUAUUUCUUUAUUUAUUCUACCCAUUUAAAUUGCCUAAGAAAGCUGGAGGUACCAACAGACCCUCCAAGUGUCCCUGUUUUCCAGGGACAGUCCCAGUUUCUGAUUUGACCCCAGAAUGUUCUGCUUUUCCUUAGGACGUCCUUAUUUUUACUAGAGAAAUACUAGAGGGUAUGGUAGGACAUCCCUAUUUUUGUUGGAGAAAUGUUGUAGGGUAUGGAGUUAUGUGAACCCCGAGCCAAGGAGAUAAGUAACUACACAACCUUCAGAAGACAUAUAAGGCAGCCAUGUGUAGGGAAGUUUUUAAAUGUUUUAUUAUAUUUUUAUAUAUGUUGGAAGUUGCCCAGAGUGGCCAGGGCAACCCAGUCAGAUGGCUGGGGUAUAAAUUAUUAUUAUUAUUAGAUGCACUUUCUUGGGGGUUUUGUUCUUGGUUGGGUUUAAUAUAGAGACUGUUGUGUAUAUUAUUUUUGUUAUUAUUUGAAUAAAGGUAAAGGGACCCCGACCAUUAGGUCCAGUCGUGACUGACUCUGAGGUUGCGGCGCUCAUCUUGCUUUAUUGGCCCAGGGAGCCGGCGUACAGCUUCCGGGUCAUGUGGCCAGCAUGACCAAGCCGCUUCUGGUGAACCAGAGCAGUGCACGGAAACGCCGUUUACCUUCCCGCUGGAGCGGUACCUAUUUAUCUACUUGCACUCUGAUGUGCUUUCGAACUGCUAGGUUGGCAGGAGAUUAUUUGAAUAGGACGCACCUAUUUUAUCAUCAGAUACAUUUUGGAGGGUAUGCAGUAACAAUGCAAAUGAAACAACAGUCCAACCAACUAAGGGGAAAAAACCCCAAGAAAGUGGGAAUAUAUGCACAACAUCUAAUGGCAAUGAAUUAACCUGGACACUAAGGGAGCACACAGUGUACAGCCAGCCAUUUCAUCUACUGCAGCAACAGAAGUAUCUUUUGAACUUCUGAUAAUUUAUUGUAGGGCAAUUGUGUUUUUCUCCUAUAUCUUGAACCAAAUAAACAUACACUUUCCUGGUUUUAAAUUGACUGGAGGCAGGUGGUUUUGCACAGGAACUGAAGGUGGGGUUUGGACAGUGAUCCUUGGCAUGCAAAUCAGGGCAUUAGAAACAUGCCUGUUUUUGCAGUAUCAAAAGGUUGGCGAGUAUAUAACAAAGAGCAAGCCUGCAGGAUACCGUUGUCCCAGAACAGCCAGUAAUAUAUACCUUUUACAAAUGCACAGAAUCCCCAAAGAGAAAGCUGUUACAAAGCCUUCUUAACUUCAUUGCAGCUUAUAUAAUGUGAAGGAAGGUUUGCCUAAUCCCUAAAUGCAGCCAGUGAUUGCAGUCCUAAUCCAUUUGCACCCAUGAAACCUAAAGAAUCAAAUUUAGACAUCUAACUUGCCUAGUAAAAAGCUAUUUCAGACACAUAAGGCUCUGGCAAACAAUUCACUGUUACAUGUAUGGAUAAUAUCUUUUUGUUUCUUGUUGACCCCACACUCCAAACAAUAUAAUAAGCCAUGACUAUGUUUUAUCGCCUUGCAUUUAUCUGUGCAGGGCUAGUAUAGAAGCAAUAUUUAUUCCUGGACCAGUAAUUCUAAGGUGGAUAUAUUUUAUAUUGUACCCUUCCGUUGUCCUUGUAAUUUAUAAUAGAUUUUACAUACAUGUGAGUUUAUCAAAAUAUUUGUUUUGCUAUAACUGGUAUAAGGUGGGGUGGGCUUUUUUUUUGAUAGAUGGAAGAAACUCUUAGUGGGGGAAAUUAGUUGUACAGUUUUAUUCCAGUUUGUGGUUUAUUUCCAAGUGUGAUGCUAAUAGACAUGAGAUAUUUGAAAAUGUACACACACACACACACAAUGACAUGUUUAAAACUUUCAAGGAAUUUCAGCAUCAUGAAAACAUAAUAUGGACACGUAUGCUAUUCACAAAGCAUGGAUUUUAUAUAAGUGCAUAAGCUAAGCUAUAUAGUUAUCAUUCAGAUGUAUUUAUUGUUGCAGUUUCAUUAUAUCUAAUAUUUUAUUCAGCCACAGUUAACAUGUAAUUUGUGCCUACAAGUUUCUAUGUUUCCCGUGAUAUUCUGUAUAUAAGGUAUACAAAAUAAACGUUUUAAGUUACAAAUAU